AUGGUUCAACAUUGUGUCGAUGCUGCGAACACAGAUUUCAGUUCUUUUAAUUCCAAGGCACAAUGUGAUGCUGCUGAUGUCGUUGGCAAUAAAUCAUCGUCGAUGAGUAAUGUACUGAAUCAUCAUAUUCGAACAUUAGGUUCAAUGCAUGCCGGUUCAGUGGAUUUCGUCUCUAAUGUUCUACCAAUUACUACUCGAUCCUAUUCGGUCGUUUCAACUGAACCUGUCGCAUCCUACAAAACGAAUACAGCCGCAUCGUCCUCAUCUUCAUCCGGUUAUGAAUCUGUCGGAUCACAUCCAUCCAAACCACAUAAAUCGUUGUAUUACCGAUUAAAACGUCUAAUCAAUUUUCCCUCAACGAAAAAAUCUGCCGAUUAUCGAAUAUCGUCCGGCAAUCAUGCGAAUGAAUCCAAUAAUUCCAAUUCACCAGUCCUCGCAUUUCGCCAUCCAUUAACGUCAUCAGGAAACACUAAUUCCAACGACACUCGACGAAGUUCCUUGACACGAUUAGAUAUCAAGCGGAAAUCAUCUCGACGAACUUUGGCAUCUGCUUCUCAGCACGUGCCAUUUCUGUACGGAUUAAAAAACUGCGGGAAUACUUGCUACGUCAAUGCAAUCGUGCAAUGUUUGUGUCACACAGAGCAAUUAGCUUCUUACAUUCUUCAGAAAACCUACGAAACAGAUAUCCGCAAUAGAAAAAAUGCGAUACAUGAUCAUCCCAAUACAUCUCAGCAAGCGCUCGGCUUCAAAGUGACGAAAAUCUUUGCUCAAAUUUUUCAAGCAUUGUGGAAUAAUUCUUCGAAUUCGACAUCAAAAUUACUAUAUGAUUUCAAAACAAUUGUAGGAAAUUUAAAUAAACAAUAUUCGGGUAAUGAACAGAACGAUGCACAAGAAUUUCUACUUUUCUUAAUCAAUACAAUUCAUGAUGAAUUGAAUUUGACUGCUCCCGGCCGAUGUCGACAACAGAGCAAAAAUUCCUUCUCGUACCAAACAUCAUCGGAACUAGCACGAUGUGCUUGGUCGGAAUACAUCGAUGCGAAUCAAAGUAUCAUAACAUCCACAUUUAGUGCUCAACUUCAUUCGACUUUACGUUGUAAUCAAUGCAAGAAAGAGAGUAAAACGUUUGAACCUUAUCUCCUACUCUCAUUACCAAUUCCACAAAAGAUUAUUAAACCUGUUUUCAUAACUGUUGUUUUUCUUAAUCAAUCGCCAAAACAAUUGCAGAUUGGUUUAUGUCUACCAAUCACGAAUACGGUCAAGGACGUCCGAGAAGCUAUUGCUCAACAAUCAAAUCUCGAUCUAAACGAUCUUGCCCUUGUUGAAAUUCAACAACAAAAUGGUUUUUUUCAAGUCUUUCAUGAUACGGAUCCAAUAACACGUUUGACUGCAGAUGUUUAUGCAAUACAAUUUCCUUCAUCAAAUUCCGAAAGUACGAAACACGUUGCGUCAGCUGUUGAUAGUCAAUCUCCCUCCUAUGUUAAUCUACUUGUUCUUAAUCGUGUACGCUACAAUUCCGGUCGAAUGGAAAGAUUCGGUCCGCCAAUCGCUGUCCGUGUUCCUCGACAAUCAAACUAUCGAACUCUACAAAUGGCAAUCAUCAAAGCUCAACGUUCAUUGAUUCGGGAUGAAGCCAUGGAAUACGCUCAAGACUACGUUGUUUUUCAGUUGACACUGAUCGAUCAAUAUCAAAUAACAUCAGCAGGAGCAUCUAAAGAAGAAUAUCCCGUACUUCAUGAUGUCCAAUUACCAUUAUAUCUGGAAAAGAUCGUGGAAAUACUUGAUACAUACGAUGGACCUGGUCUAGGACCAUCUCAUAUUCAAGUUUAUGCUAAUUGGAACGAGAAGUAUCUCGGAGAAUUUCUUUCUAAAUGGACAUGUAGUGAUGAUAAACCUGAUAUUCAUCAGUCUGUAGCACAAGCUCGUGCAACAAUGCACCAACCAUCAUCAUCACUCAUAUCUUUAGCUGAUUGCUUUUCAUUAUUUACACAAUCGGAAAGUUUAAAUUAUGAUGACGCAUGGAUGUGUACACAUUGCCGUCGAAAAGAAAAUGGGACAGUGAAGAACUUGAAAAUUUGGACUACACCACCAGUUCUAAUUAUUCAUUUAAAACGAUUCUGUCAAACAAAAGUAUCAAAUUCUAAAUUAACAUAUCCUGUUCAGUUUCCGUUAGUUGGCUUGAAUGUCAAACGAUUUUUAUCAGCAACAAGAAACAUAUCAGAAAUUGAUACACCUGACAGUGAAAUUGACGAUGAGCAUGAAGAAUCUAUUGAGAAUGACGACGACGAUGAUGAUAAUGAUCAGAGACAACAUGGACUCUAUGAUCUAUUCGCAGUGUGCAAUCAUCGUGGAAGUAUGUCGAAUGGACACUAUACCGCUUACUGUAAAAAUCCCAUAACAAACAAAUGGUUCUGUUACGACGAUCAUCUUGUUUCUGAACUCGAUCCAUCUCGUGUAUGCACUCCGGAUGCAUAUAUUCUAUUUUACAAGCGUCGCGAUACGCCAUCAUCUCUAUCUUCACAGUCGAUUGAAAAGCUUUCUUCAACCAUCAAUCCAGUUAUCAACGAAUUCCAAGAAUUUCUAAAUCUCGAUCGCCCUGCGCCAAAAGAAGAACAAAAGCCACAACAACAUGGACUUGAACCACCAUUGCCAUUACCACGAAAACUUUUAUUAUCAUCAGCAGCAACAACUCCAGAUGGAUGUUCAACCGCUCCCUGUCCGUUGCCGCGAACACGCUUACCGCCGACAGAAACAACUAGUAAUAGUUCUCAACCCACUCCAUCUGUUCGACGACAAAUACCUGAUCUCAAUUCAAAAUCGAAUGAAACAACGAGCAAAAGUCCAUGGAGUCGUUUCAAUGAUUCUCGAUAUUCGAACGAUGAACCCGAUCGAAAUGUUGUGUAUCUUUCAACCAAUUCAUCAUGA